AUGCCAUCUACCUCUCCCCAUUCCAAGUCGGGUAGCAUUCAGAAAGCAUCUUCUCGUUCGCCUUCCUCUAUUCAGAAAGCAUCUCGUUCGCCUUCCUCUCGCUCGCACCGCCAUCCAUCUCGCUCUCUCAUCUCCAAGAUCGAGUCCGUGUCGCCCCGUGUCGUGCUCGGUUACGACGCCCUCGCAAGUCUCCCGACAGAGCUCAACAAGCUGUGCCUUUCGUGCCCUCUCGUUAUAUACAGCCCGUCCCGGCUCUCCCUCGCCAACCGCAUCCGCGCGCUGCUGCCGAACCUGGACGCCUGCUUCAUAUCGUUGGAUACCCAUCCCGGUCCGGCGAUUCUAGCUGGUCGAGACUCCAUCAUCAGCGUGGGAGGGCCCCGGGCUGUUGCGCUGGCGAGACGAAUCAGCUUCAAGAUGAGCAUUCCGCACAUCUGCGUGCCGACGACGCAUAGCGGCGGGGCGGCCGGCGAUCUCCCACCGUGGGGGCAUCCGGGGGAAGAAGACAGCGGCGAUUCGAGGAUGGGCGAAGAGAGAGGCGAUAAUGGCGAUAGGAAUUUGCCGACGGUCAUACUAUAUGAUCAAAGGCUGACGGAGAGCCGCAUAAGACGAUUUUCUGCGCCAUCGGGAGUUUGCGAUGACACUGAGACUGAAGCCGAAGCUGACGUCGUUCUUGUCGGUCCGGACGUUGCGACAGGCGCAAACGCACCCAUACUGAGAUCCGCACAGAGCAGUGCGGCUCAGUGGAGUUAUAUCGACUUGCCUGGCGUCUGA